CCAUUUUGAAUCCGACAUAUCUUCUAAAAAAACUUAACAAAGCAUUUACAGAGAAAUAGGCACAAGAAUGGUGAGUCUCCAAAUGGCAUCCAUAGUCCUUUUGGCUUUACUAGCUUCGUCUGCUCGCGCAUAUGAUAACAACCCCUUGCAAGAUUUUUGUGUUGCCGAUCCCCAAGCUGCAGUGUUUGUGAAUGGGAAGCCUUGCAAGAACCCAAAACUUGUUGAAGCAAAUGAUUUCUACAAGCCUGCUGGGUUUAACACCCCUGUUGGAGGUGUAAAUCUGAGUUCUGUGGGACUGAUAACAAAGCUUCUAGAUGUAAACCAAUUCCCAGGGCUGAACACCAUGGGGUUGUCAAUUGCUCGUAUAGAUUUUGCACCCAAUGGCUUAAUCCCACUCCACACCCACCCUCGAGGCAGUGAGGUUGUGUAUGUUCUGGAAGGCACUGUUUACGUUGGCUUUGUCUCUUCAAAUCCACUCAACGGUCAAAAGAAUAAGCUUUUCUCCAAAAUUCUUAACCCUGGCGACGCCUUUAUUUUUCCCGUGGGACUCGUUCACUUCCUCUACAACGUUGGGCGCACCAAAGCUUUAGUGUUUGCCGCUUUCAGUAGCCAAAAUCCAGGAUUUGUGUCCCUCGCUAAUUCUGCCUUUGGAUCUGCCCCGCCAAUUUCGCAGGAUGUUCUCACCAAAGUAUUCCGCCUCGACAAACAAGUCAUCACCUAUCUUCAAUCACAGAUCUGGCCUUUUAUCUAACAAUCGGCUUCUGUGCUAUUAUUGCUUAAUAUAAUGUUUGAGUUGUAUGCGGUUUGACAUAAAGUAUACUAUUAAAUAAUAAGAACUUUAUUGUGGUAUGAAAA